AUGCAACGCUAUCAUUAUGCGCUAAUAAUAAUCUGCGUCCUGGCCGCCUGUUACCAUAACAGUCUCAAAUGUGGUUUCGUUUUCGACGACGUGUCGGCGGUUCGCGACAACAAAGACCUCAGACCGUCUACGCCAUUAAUUAAUUUACUGCAAAAUGACUUUUGGGGCACUCCCAUGGAUAAAGACCGGAGCCACAAAUCUUACAGACCGCUCUGUGUUUUUACAUUCAGAUUGAAUUAUCUUUUUGGGGGCCUGGAACCAUUUGGGUACCAUUUGGUGAAUGUGGUACUGCACGCCGUGGUUUCCUUGCAGAUGUUUUACUUUGGUUUGAGUUUGAACAUGGAGGUUGUUAGCAGUUUUAUGGCCUCCAUUUUAUUUGCUGUUCACCCAGUUCAUGUUGAAGCAGUGACUGGUGUUGUGGGUAGGGCAGAGCUGCUCUCCUCCAUCUUUUUUUUCCUUGUUCUUAAAUUGUUCCACAGCAGUGCAGAAAGUAAUAGAAGGAAUGAACUUGUGCAAUCCUAUGUCAAACUACUCUGCAGUAUUAUUCUGGUAGCUAUGGCAACACUAAGUAAAGAACAAGGUAUUACUGUUGUGGCCGUGUGCUGUGUUCAUGAAUUGGUCAUCAUUCGUAAAUUAAAUUUGAAAGAAAUUGUCACUGUCAUUAACAAUGUUCUCACAUUUAAUUUCAAAAAACUGCCACCCUGGUUUCUUAAUACAUUGUGUCGAUGUGGUUUCCUAGUUGGUGCUACAUGUUUGCUGCUCUAUGCAAGGAUCAAAGUGAUGGGGGCUCAGUUGCCUGUUUUCACUAAAUUCGACAAUCCAGGUGCUGCUGCUGAUCAACCACAGAGGUUUCUGACCCACAACUACAUGCUGCCAAUCAAUAUGUGGCUUCUCAUCUAUCCAUCAUGGCUCUGUUGUGAUUGGACAAUGGGCACCAUUCCAAUUAUUGAGUCAUUUAGUGACUUAAGAAAUUUAGCUACCCUGGCCUUUUACUGUGGGUUUGCAAUUUUAAUUUGGUGUUUUUAUAGAACCGAUGAGACUUCUUACAAUGUUCUGUUUUUAUCAUUGUUGGUGUUUCCAUUCAUUCCAGCUUCCAAUCUCUUUUUCCCAGUCGGAUUCGUUGUUGCGGAGCGCAUCCUAUACAUGCCAAGCAUUGGAUUCUGCUAUUUGGCUGUGUCUGGGUUCGAUACUCUGUCGAAACACUUCAAAAACAAAAUUCCACACACUUCUGCAAUAUUGAAGAUAAUCUUCACAUGCAUCGUCAUCUUAUUUUCUGUGAGGACGUACGUGCGCAAUGAGGAUUGGAAGGAUGAAUACUCCCUGUUCAUGUCGGGAGUGAGGAUCAACCAGGCCAAUGCCAAACUCUUCAACAACGUUGGACAUGCAUUGGAGAAUGAAAAGAAAUUUGAAGAGGCACUGAAAUUCUUCUUGAAGGCUGCAGAAAUCCAACCAGAUGACAUCGGGGCCCACAUAAAUGUCGGCAGGACCUACACAACCCUCAAGAAGGAUGAUGAAGCAGAAAUCAGCUACAGGAAAGCCCUCGCCCUCCUGCCUCCUGUCAAACCAGGGCAGAGCUACAUGACCAGACUGGCUCCCAGUCAUUUAAAUGUCUUCAUCAAUUUGGGCAACUUGUUGAUUAAGAAUGUCUCCAGACUGAACGAAGUCGAUGUGCUCCUCAAAACGGCCAUCUCAAUGAGGAACGACUUUGUUCAGGCUUACAUCAAUCGUGGUGAUGUGCUGAUGAGAUUGGGUAGAGUUGAUGAGGCAAGGUCUCAAUAUGUAGAAGCUCUGAAACAUGAGCCAAACAACCCUGACCUCUACUACAAUCUAGGAGUGGUUUCCAUCGAGAUGAACCAAACAGAUGAGGCAUACUCCUACUUUGAUCGUGCACUUCUUUAUGAUCCUGACCACAAGCAGAGUCUUCUCAACUCAGCAAUCAUGCUGCAAGGUAUCAACGAUCCAACACUUAGGUCAAAGGCUGAGGAAAGAUUGUUGAGAUUGAAAGAGAUUGAUCCUUCUGAUGAAAAAGUUCAUUUUAAUUUGGGAAUGUUGUACACUGAUGCAUUGAGAUACAAUGAUGCCAGAUCGUCCUUUAAGAGGGCCAUCCAGUUGAUGCCGUCAUUCAGAUCUGCCCUUUUCAACCUUGCUCUCCUAUUGGCCAAUGAUAUGAAGAUGCAUUUGGAGGCAGUUCCAGUGUUGGAGCAGUUGUUGCAGCACUACCCGAGCCACACGAACGGCUUAAUCUUAUUGGGCGAUAUCAGCAUAACUCAUUUGAAAGAUCUCAACAGGGCACAAACAUGUUUCGAGAAGAUUUUACAACAGGACCCUAACAACAUCCAGGCUUUGCAUAAUUUAUGCGUUGUCCACUCAGAAAGAGGUGAUCUCUUAAAAGCUGAAAAAUGUUUAGUGAAAGUGCUAAGCUUAGCGCCGUCUGAAGAUUACAUAAAGAGGCAUUUAGUUAUUAUUAGGCAGAAAAUACAGAGUUUGAUGAAGAAGGGAAAAAAUGAAAAGGUGAAUGAAGGAAAGAGGUGACAUAGUUGACUGCGGCCCUGACCUAGAAACACUCAAGUGUGGAUGCCAUGAAGAACCAAGAUAUCAUGAGAAGUAUGAAUCGAAAUAUUGCAAUGUUUUUGCUUUUUUUUCUACGUUCAAUGAAGCGAAUUUUUUUUAAAUUUAUAUUUUGUGUGUGCAUAUCUUAUUUAUUUGUGUCACUCGUUUUUAAAUGUCUCAUUUCUCUGUGCU